GCCGCCAAAAACUCAGGGAGCAGAGGAGCUGAUAAUAAUGGCGUCGGAGAAGGAGAAAACCAACAUCAGGAGGUUUAUAGAAGGUCAACUCCUUGAUGAGCCGGACCUUUGCACACUGACCUUAGGAAUAUUGAAAAAACGAUACCUGGCUGAAGCAGGAUGUGAAUCCUUGAGCUCUGAAGCAAAACAAUUCAUGAAACAAGUUGUGCAGGAAGAACUCAUGAAAAUGCAGGAAAAUGAUGAGAGUGAAAUUGAGCCGGAAACCAAAAAAACACAGAAGAAAAGAAAGAGAGAGAGAGAAAAAGAGAAGUUGGAAAGUGAAGAUGAAACUGAAUCCACACCAAAAAAAUCACGAUCACAACAGUCUGACUCAUCAUCAGAUUCUGAAGAUGCGCAGAAUCGUGAAGCAGGAAGUCAAAACAAAGAACAAAUUAGAUCUCAGUCUAAAAAUAAAGAAGCAGCAAAAGAAUCAGACCAUGAGAAAAGCAAAAAAGCUAAGCGCCGUGUCACAAGCGAUGAGUCUUCAGAUGAAGAGAUAAAUGAGUCAGAAGAGGACGGGAAUGAGAGUCCAAGUCCGGAGAAAAAGGUGAAAAAGAAGGUCAACGCUGCUGAGAGGAAAGAGGCAAGACGCAUCGAUGCAAGUGGAGGAAAAAAAGCACCAAGGAGCGAUGAAGAGAGUGAAAGUGAUUCAGACAAUAAGUUGGAGAAAAGUGAAAAAAUCGAGGAUGAUGAUUCUUCUGCAAGUGAAAAAGUAGAAGAAAAUGCAAAAGAUAAAAAUGAUUCAGACUCGGAUUCAUCAUCACUGCCAUCUUUGGACGAAGAUAAGAAAAGCAACCCAGUAAAAAAUACAAAUGUAAAGACGAAAAAGAAAACAAAGAAGACAGAUGAGAAGAACUGUUGCCCAAAGGAUGAAGACAAAGCAGUCGUCCGACUCAAACGCUACAUUGCCCUCUGUGGUGUGAGGAGGAAUUACAAGAAGCUAUUGGACGGCUGCCGCUCCACUCGCUCCAAAGUGGCUGUUCUAAAGAAGGAGCUUGAAGAUCUUGGGCUCCGUGGUAACCCCUCGAUUGAGAAAUGUAAGAAAAUUCGAUUGAAGAGAGAGGAGGCUCAAGAAUUGGCUGAACUUGAUGUUGACAACAUAAUCUCCACCGAAGCAGGUCGGCCGAGGCGCAGAGGCACCUCAGCCAUGCAGGUACAUAAGGAACCUCCCUCCUCUUAUCAGCGGACUCUGAACUCAGAUUCGGACAGUGACCAGGAAAAUAAUGCUCCCAAAGGACGCAGAAAGAUAUCAGAGUGGGCCAACCUGCAUGGGAUCAUAAGUGAUGAUGCAGACACUGAAUGAACAUGAGCUUUUCCACUUUUAUACCAUUUGUUGUCGACUUGUUCAUAGUUAAAACUUUCUUUGUUACUGGAAGCAUAAUACUUUUAAUAACCAUUUAAGUAAAAUUUGAUAGUGAUUUUUUUGAGUGCUCUGAUUAAAAUAAAAGUUAUAA